AUGAGCAAUCUUGGAAAUACAAGUGACUUGAAUAAUGUGUUGAACAGCAGCGAUGAUACAUUCAGUUCAACUUUAAAAGAUAUUAGCAAGCAUGCUUUCAAGAAAGAAAGCAUUAGGUCUACUGAGAAAGUACCUAGUGCAAAAACUUCGAUAAUGGUUGGGCAAUAUUAUGAUACAAAAAAGGAUAUUCUUAAUGCUGCUCAAGAGAAUGCCAAAAAUUUAGGUUUUGCUAUAACAAUCAAAAGUAAUGAAGAUAUAACACCAACUGUCACAAGAAAGGAUAUAUCAAACUUAAGUACACGAAUUCAUUCUUUGGAAGAAACAGCCUCAAUGGAAGUACUAAUAAUGGGUAUGGAAGACAGAGGAUAUACUGCAUGGUACAGACAAAUUAAGCACCUAUUUUUUUGUCAUGAAGAAUCAGUUAAAAAUGCCAAACAUUUUUCAAAGAUAGUUUUAAUUAAUGCAAUCUACAAAACAAAUAUCUCUGAUAAAUCUGAAAAAUCAUAUACUUGGAUCAUUGAACAAUUUGCCUCUUUGAUUUUUUUUGAUAUUUUUUCUUACGUGUUUGUUACUGACAAUGAAGCUGCACUUAUUAAUGCUAUUAGAAAGAUAUUUUCUAGAUCUGAACACCUUUUGUGUACCUGGCAUGUUCUAAAUAAUUUCAAAAAAAAUUUAAGAAAGUAUUUUAAUAAUGAUUCAUUUGAUAAAAUAAUUAAAAUUGUUGAUAGUUUCAUUCAUUCAAGAGACUGUGAAGCAUUAGAUACUGCAAUAACAGCUUAUAAUAAGUUGGCCUUAUUAAGUUUAAAUGAAAAUGAAGUGUUAAAAUAUUUUGGAAGAAUGAUGAAAGUUAGAGAAAAAUGGAUUGGCAUUUAUACAAGUAGAAUUAUGCACUUUGGUGCAACAACUAUGCAACAUGUUGAGGGCACACAUUUGGCAAUAAAGCAUGUACUUGAAACUUCUGGAAGUUUAAUGAGAGUGUUUAACUAUUUAGAUAGAUGGUUAAAUUUACAUCACGAGGAGAAUUCUUUACAAAAUGAAAAUGAAAGUUUUGGCAUUGAUCCUUUAUUAGUAAUUAAGAAUGAACUUUUCAAAGCGACUACAUAUGAGGUCUGUCUUUAUGAACUAUGUGUUAAUUAUAAUAUAUCUUGUAGACAUUUGCUUCUAGCAAAAGGCUCUGUAAUGUUAUCUAUUAUUCUGACAAGAUGGCUACUAUUUCCUGAUAAAGACCGACUAUAUGCUAAUCACCAAGUGCAAAAUUUAACUAAUCUGCAAGUUUCUGAUUCUGAUAAUUAUUUUUUAUGUAAGUCACAACUUUAUGAAAUUAAAAAUCAUUAUAUAAGCUUUCCAGAUGAACAGCAAAGAUUCACUCUUUUGGAAAAACUUAAUGAGAUUCUGAUAGUUCCUGUAAUUAACCUCUCUGAAAUUGAAAAGAAAAAAGUUAAAACUAUUGAAAAAAAGCAAAAUGAUAGUAUUAAUUUACCACAAAAUAUUUCUAGUAGGGUUGCUAUUAGAGGAAAUGAAGAGAAUUGGAUUUUUGUAAAAUUGGCUAUGAGCGCAUCGCCAUGCUCAUCUUCUCUUUGGUUUCUAUCUUCUAAUUGUGCACAAUUGACUGCUGAUAUAUUUUCUGUUCCUAUUGCCAUUUUCAAUAAGCAAAAUGAACAAAAAAAAUUAUUAGCACUCAAUGGAUAUCAAAGCAAUCUACCUUAA